AGGAAGUGGUAGAGAGUAUCGCAAAUCUGUAGAUUUUAAAGGUGAACAUCAUGGCUGCUGUUGCAAGAAGUAUUGGGUCAAAUCUUGCGAGAAACCUUAAAGAAAUCCGCUUACAUUUGUGUCAGACCUCGGCGGGUAGUCAAGGGGUCAGGGAUUUCAUCGAGCAGCACUAUGUGACGCUGAAGAAAGCUAACCCUGAGUUUCCAAUCUUAAUCAGGGAGUGUUCUGGUGUUCAGCCUAAAUUGUGGGCACGAUACGAGUUUGGCAAAGAAAAGAGUGUAGCUCUGGACAACAUGAAUGCUGCCCAAGUAGCCAAGGCAUUGGAGUCUGUGGUUAAUGCUAAACCAUGAAGAGAAGCAGAAAAGGAAGUUCUGUGCAGGUGGUGUCUGUGCCCUGUAUUUUGUGGACUUUGGGUGAACGGUCUGUUUCAACCCCAAUGCAUUGAUAUGCCAGUGUACAAUAAAAUGUAUUUAAUGACAAA